CUCCUUUGCUCAUUCUCUCUUGUUUUCCAACUGUCGUAAUUUUAAUCACAAUAUUUACUAUAAAGAAACUCUCUCUCCAAAAAAUAAAAUAAACAGAAAGAAACGAGCCUAUUCAGCUUGGGAGACAUCACUUAACAGAGUGUCUAAUUUUUCCUUCGUUCCUGCCUCUGCCUUUUGAUCUCGCUAAGCUGGACACAGGCUGUAGUUGACAAGAUGAAAGCCAUGGAGGGAGAUGAGGUGCCUUUGGGAAUAAAUGCUUUCACCUUGAUUCCAAACCAGAAAUACAGAAGAAGUUGCAGACAUUUGCAAUCCAAGAAGAAUGGUGACAGACUGGAAAGCUUUCACCUACAGUAUAACUGUGGCUACUUCCAGAUAAUACCGGUUGAAAUCUUUCACAAGGUGUUGUGUUAUCUUUCAGUGACAGACAUCAGUGUUUUGAGCAUGGCAUCAAAAGUAGUUGGCACUCAGGUUGUGGGUUAUAUCAGCACAUCAUCUGGAAUCAGACGGCUUUUAUUGGAGGGAUUCCACUCUACUGAUAUUUCCAAGAAAUCAAUUGCGAUGGAACACUACAGAUCUUUAGGUUUGCUGUUUAAAAGAUGUACCCUUCUCUUGCCCACUAAAGAGAGACUAAAAUUUGUGCAUAAUCAGUUAUUAAAGAAUCCAUGCUUCAGGAUGGGUGGCUGUACUAUGCUGAUACAGUGUUCAGGAUUUGCUUGUUUUGGGAUGUUAUUACAGACUCUUAUAGCAGGCUGGGAUGAACUGGAGUGCCAUCGUGUGUUUAACUUUCUGAAUGAAAAUGCAAAUCUGCCACGGAAAAUGCAAAGUGUGGUGUGCAGUAGACCAGGUGCGACUAGAAAGCUAGAGCUACAGAUCCGUUUGUAUUACCGACGGGUUCUUUUGGAUCAUUGGGAGCACCAAUGCGAUAUAGCUUUCUGGCUGACUCGCAUCCUUAAGCCAUGGCCGAUGGUGAACCAAGCAAGAUUGCUGUACUUACUCUAUGGUCCUAUGUCUCUCAGUGAUGGUCAGAUCCACUGGCAUCAUAUGACCCAGUUACCUGCAAGUGAGGACAGCAUAAAGGGUCUUGCAGCAGCAGUUAGAUUGCUGCAUGAAAAUGCCAAGGAAUGGACGGCUGAUGACAUUUUCACCCUGUUGGAAGAAUUAGCAGGGUUUCCUCAAGAAUGGCUUUUGGAGAACAGUGCUCGUCUUCUGAUUUGUUGUGGGAAUAACAUGUGCUUUACAUUCCUGGCCAAUAAAGCUGUAAAUGGGAGGCUCAAUGAACUUGCCACACUCAUUGUGUUCCUGUCUUUGGUAUGUGAAAAGGAUGGGUAUUGCAUGGACUGGACUGUGAAGAUGGUUCACAGAAUCUGCAAGGUGAUACCCAGCAGUGAAAGCAGGUGGAAUUUUCUACAGGCUAUUGAAAAGGUCUUCGCACGGGCUACCAUGGAUAUGAUUGAAUCUUUAAUGUUUAGUGGCCUUGAUGAGGAUGAAGGCGUAACAUAUAACAUGUACAAUAUGGUCAACGCCCAAGCAGAGUUUCAUAAAGAAGUCAUGCUUUGUGCCUUCAGCAACAUCCUAACAUGAAAGGCAUUCUUGAAACUAAGAGUCGUACUUUAUAUAACCUAACCUAUGGUCAGACCAAGCAACCUUCUGCAUUAUUUUGUUUUUUCCGUUUCCCUGGCAAUUGAGAAAAUAAGAUUGCUUUCCUCGACUUAGCAUUCAUUUUGAGCUUUUAUUUAAGGGUAAAAGUUAUUCCAGUUAAUAUGGUGCAGCUGCGAUCUCUCAUCACUACAGUUUGAUUCAGGCGCACAUGGAUUAAAUUGAAGAGCUAACCUUAAAACUUGUCAAUAAGUAGGUAUCUUUCCAAUGGUUAUUAUUUUUAUACUGACUUUCUUGUUUCUAGAUCAUAAGAGUGCAGGAAGGCGAUUAAACUUAGGUAUUGGUUCCCAAUAUAACCCAACUCGUGACACAAAAUGGUACUGACUCAUGAUCAUCAAUUCUAAUCCUCUUUAUGGAGUGGAGUCUCAACUCACAACAGGCUUCUAUGCUGACAAAGUGGCUGAAUGGGAAAUCAAAUGUGCAAACCUACAUCCAGGAUGCCAAGAUGUGAAACUGAUGAGUGUCCAGUAAUGGAUUGAACA